AUAAUUUUGCCAAUAAGCGCCAAUCUUGCCAAUUAAUUUUUCAAGUGUUGUUUUAACUAAACCUGUUAUUUCUUACCAAUCGGUUUCCGGUAACCCAAUUCCUAUUCUCAGUUCAAUUAAUACACAGAUUUGCUUAGAAUCUCUUCCGAAUUUUAACGGAAAUAUUGAUUUGCUUGUUACUACAAAGAAUUGUGUGAAGAGAAGAAGAGAGAAGAAAAUAGGAGGUGGGAGAGAAGAGCGAUGGAGGCAAAAAAAGAGGGGGAUGUAUGGGAGAUAAUAAAUAAAGAGAGAAAGAGAAGGAAGGGAGUGAACGAGGAGAUAGAAAUGGAGGAGUGGGAAGAAUAUUUCAAAGGUGUUCGGGAUAAAGCAAGCGACGGAGAUAGAGCGCGAGGCCGUGUCUCUCUUUCCCGCUCUCGUUGCGAACCGACGCGCGCGCGAUGAGAACUAGAGCCGGCCUUCGCAUUGCGAUAACACAGCGGCGAGCGUAAACAUGCUCGAGCUGGAGCAAACAGCGAGAACAAUACUCGCUGUUAUUGCUAUCUUCUGUUUAAUUAACAGAUUCCUUUCGAAGACCAAGGGAAGGGCCAAGGCUUAUAAGGCGCGCGAACGGAGCGCGCAGUAGUAGUCGCUCUUACGAAUCUCGAUUCUUUGUCGGGCAGUCGACAGAGCUUGUCUCGGAGUUCCGAUCCUAACAGUCCCUCACUCUCUCGCUAAUUGUCCUCUCGCGAUCAUUAGCUGGUCCUUCGAGCCGGAUAUCCGCGUCGCCGGUGCCGGUAAAAUUUGAGUGAGUGCGGUGACGUGACUGUGACGUUCGUCGACGAUCUUUCGGUGAGCGCACCUGCCAGAUAGGCAUGAGUAGCCCGUCGGACGACCUCGUGCAGGCUCAGCACGACCUUUUUGGACUUCUCUCUCGAUCCUACGACAACAUGAGGAAGUCUGGAGAAGCCAACAUAACACUCGGGCUCCUGGAAGCCCGCCUCCAGACAUUGGAGGGCUACUGGAGCAAGUUCGUCACUCGCCAUGAGCGGCUGCUCCAGGAGUACGGAGACGACCUCUACGAGCACGAAUAUGUGACGAAGGACUUGAUGUUCAAGGCCGACAUGUCGUACCACACGCAAAAGGGCAAAUAUCUGGACGAUAUCCGCGCGAUGCGUGGUCCAGGCCAAGCGGCGGUCGCCGCGCCCGCUGCCGACGUCGCGCCCGCUGCCGCCGUCGCGGCAGCGGCUCCCGCCGCUCCGAAGUUGCCUCGCAUCUCCAUACCACAGUUCUCCGGCCAGUACGAGGACUGGCCCGCAUUUCGUGACCUCUUCUCUUCGCUGGUGAUUAGCAACAGUUCAGCCACGCCGGUUGAGAAGCUCCACUAUUUGAAAAUCAGCCUGAAGGAGGAAGCGGAGCAGGUUACUCGCCAACUGCCAACGACUGACGCCAACUUCGAGCGUACCUGGCGGGCAUUGAAGACGCAUUACGAGAACAAGAGGCUCCUAGCGAGGUCAUACAUCUCGCGGCUCCUGUCGCUGCCAAAAAUGAAGGGUGAGUCAGCCGCUGAGCUCCGCAAAAUCUAUCAUUGCGUACAGACAACCGUCGGGUCUUUAGAGGGGAUCGGUCGCCCCUUGACGCGUAGUGACGAUCUUUGUGUCCAAUUGAUCACGGAACUUCUCGAUUCGGUGUCGCGCCGGGAAUGGGAAACGCAGCUUAGUAAGACGACGGAACCGCCGUCCCUCGACGAGCUGCUCGUAUUCGUUGGCCAGAGGAUGCGGACCCUCGAGUCGCUGACUACCCCGAAGAGCAACGCUGGCUCAGCUAAAGCGAACUCGAGUACUCCUCGUCAGAAAAACGCGUUACAGGUGCGCAAGCAGGAAAGCCAGCGAGGCCGCUGCUUUCUCUGCAACCAGGAUCACUACGUGCGUCAGUGCGAUUCGUAUCUCAGCAAGACGGCUGCCGAACGAAAGCAAUUCGCGUCGUCUAAUGAAUUGUGCGUGAACUGCCUCGGUAAGCACAAGCUUACCGAAUGUCCGUCGCGAAAAUCGUGCCUGUCGUGCAACGAGCGUCAUCAUUCGACCUUGCACGACGCCUACGCCUCAGUCGCGGUUGUAAAAACUCAUCUCGUGAGAACGAAGAAGAUCGCAAUGUCAAUGCUGCUGCAGACUGCUCGCGUUCGAGUGAAAGAUCGCCACGGUGUCGACCACGUCGUGCGGGCACUGGUCGACGCGGGAUCGGAAACGUCGUUGGUGACGGAGUCACUGAUUCAACGUCUGCGAUUGCCUCGCUCGCGGUCGGCUUUCGCGGUCUUCGGAGUCUGCGGCAAGAGGAACGGGGUAUCGCGCGGUUUUGUCGAUCUGCAGAUCUCACCUCGAGAAGGCGAUUUGUCGUUGUCGGUCUCUGCGUUGAUCUUGCCGCGAAUAACGUUGUACGAGAGCGGUUUCCGAGCGGAUCCGACCGCCUGGCCACACCUGAACGGCAUCACACUCGCCGACCCAGAUUUCUUAGAAGCCGAGUCUGUAGACAUCCUCCUAGGAGUCGACAUUUACGGCUCCCUCCUCCGAACUGGCGCGAGGACGAGCGAGCCUGAUCAGCCUGCAGCACAACAGACUGCGUUAGGAUGGGUAAUCUCCGGGCCAGUCGGCCCUGCUGAUUCUCCCGACCGCACGCGGACUAUGCAAUGCCGGAUCGAAGAGGACCUUGCCAGCCUGGUGAGGAACUUCUGGCAGCUGGAGGAACUGCCAACCGGUCCUGUUCCUCUCACUCCCACCGAGCAGGAGUGUGAGGAUAUCUUCCGACGCUCACACAGACGACAAGCGGACGGUCGUUACAUCGUGCGGCUACCAGUAGUUGCUCCUCUGCCCGACUUAGCAGCUACUAAGCGCGCCGCUUCCCGCGUCCUGACGGGCACGGAAAAGCGAUUUGCGCGAGACGACCGACUGCGUCAAAUGUACGUAGACUUCAUGAGGCAGUAUGAAGACUUGGGUCACAUGACACCGGUGCGAGCUGACAUAGCUGCCGGAGAUCGUGUGAGCUACCUGCCUCACCACGGAGUCCUGCGGGAGGCUAGUUCCACCACGAAGCUUCGCGUGGUGUUCAAUGGCUCGACUGCGCUUCCGUCCGGCGAUUCUCUCAACCGGAGUCUACUGGUGGGCCAGAACCUGCUGCCUCCCCUCGCCGACGUUCUCUUGAAAUGGCGACUUCAUCGCUACGUCUUGGCCUCGGACGUAGAAAAGAUGUAUCGCCAAAUUCUGGUCCAUCCUGAGGACCGGGAUCUUCAGCGAGUCUUGUGGCGAUACCAUCCCUUAGACGAGGUGACGGAAUAUCGUCUAAAUACCGUGACAUACGGUUUGGCGUGCGCUCCCUUCCUGGCGAUGCGCACUCUCCGCCAGCUGGCCGACGACGAGGCGGAGAAUUAUCCCCUGGGAGCUCGAGCUCUUCGAGGGGAAGUCUACAUGGACGAUGUCUUGACCGGCGCCUCUACCUUGGAGGAGGCGUGCGAGCUGCAGCGACAGCUGGCCAGAUUGUGCAUGACGGGCGGCUUCCCCCUGCGCAAAUGGUCGUCUAACAAUUCUGUUCUUUUGGCUGGCGUCCCUGCUGAGCAUCGGAUGCAGCUUGAACUGCGGGAUUGGCGACCGCACGAGACUCAGGGAACGCUCGGUCUGCGGUGGCACCCAGCCACUGACGAGUUUUCCUUCGCCGUCCCGGAAGCUACGCUGGUCGACGUCACAAAGAGAUCGGUGCUCUCGUUCACGGCACGCCUCUUUGAUCCUCUUGGCUGGCUGGCACCUGUGGUCGUGAGAGCCAAAAUCUCCUUUCAGGCUACUUGGUUGCUGGGACUGAACUGGGACGAUCCGCUGGACGAGGCUGCCGGACGACAGUGGCAUGCCUACGCGGAGGAGCUCCCUCAACUCGAGUGUCUUCGAGUUCCGCGCUGGCUGGACGUCGCAUCGUCAGUCGACGAUGCGGAGGUGCACGGCUUCGCCGACGCAUCCGAGCGUGCCUACGCUGCGGUGCUCUACAUCAGGAUCGGCUGCGGCGACUCUUGGCGGACGAGCUUGAUAUCAGCCAAGACCAAGGUCGCUCCUUUGAAGACGGUGUCUCUGCCGCGGCUGGAGCUGUGCGCCGCCUCUCUCCUGGCAAAGCUCACCUCUCAAGUCUGUGCCACGCUCGGCCUGAAUCGGAUUCCGAUCCACCUGUGGUCGGAUUCCACGGUCGCUCUGGGAUGGAUACGCGGUCAUCCAACUCGAUGGAAGACCUUCGUGGCCAACCGUGUAGCGGAUAUCCAAACCAGAGUCCCGGACGCGCUGUGGCAUCACGUGCCCGGACUCGAGAAUCCUGCCGACUGCGCCUCUCGCGGAUUGUCGCCCGGAGAGCUGGUGAAACAUCCUCUCUGGUGGCAAGGGCCGCCGUGGCUCCGGACGGCUCCAUCGACAUGGCCCUGUGACGUGGCGACGCCCGACGAGGACAGCUGGCCGGAGGCGAAAACUUUAAUCCACGCGGCCAGGACUGCGCCCGCUCCCGUGGAGGAGCCUGACGAGCUCCUACGAUUCUCGUCGCUCCGUCGGCUGUUACGAGUGACGGCCUGGUGUCGUCGAUGGCUUCAUCGAAGACCUGCCGCCGGACGCGAACUGACUGUCGAUGAGCUGGGAGAGGCUAGGCUGACCUGGAUCCGUCUAGUCCAGGCUGGGGCUUACAAGGCCGACCUAAAAGCUCUUCUGCAAUACUUACCUCUGCCCACUUCCAGCUCCCUCUUACGUUUGAGUCCUUUUCUAGAUGCUGAAGGCCUAAUGCGUGUGGGUGGCCGAUUGAAGCACUCGCUCCUGGCCUACGAUGAGCGACACCCGGUCAUCCUUCCUGGCGACUCUCACUUGGUCCGUCUGAUGGAGUCCAGCCACCGCUGCUCACUGCAUGGCGGGGUCCAGAUGACACUUGGAGCGGUCCGUCAGCGCUACUGGAUUCCACGCGGCAGAGCCGUCGUCAAGCGGUGUUUGCGCCGUUGCGUGACCUGUGUGCGAUGGCGGGCGGCCGUUCCGCAACAGCUGAUGGGGAGUCUGCCGCGGGAUCGAGUGACUCCUGCACGGCCUUUCCUCAACACUGGCGUGGACUACGCCGGCCCCAUUCAACUGCGGACAAGCAAGGGGCGUGGUCAGCGCUCCUACAGGCAUUUAUUGCCGUUUUUAUUUGUCUGUCCACUAGGGCGGUCCACCUCGAAGCGGUGUCGGACUACACCACCGACGCGUUCCUGGCGGCCUUGCGGCGAUUUAUGGCACGUCGUGGUCUGUGUCACACGAUCCGAAGUGACUGCGGGACAAACUUCGUCGGUGCCGACGCCCGGUUGCGGGCCUUCUUCGCUGAGGGCAGCCAGGAACUGCGCCGGAUCGUCGGACAACUGGCGACGGAGCAAAUUCGUUGGAGAUUUAACCCUCCGUCUGCGCCGCACUUCGGCGGCAUUUGGGAAGCCGCGGUAA